UCGAGCAACCGCUGGAUCUCUCCACCAAGAAGGAACAACCGUCGAGGGAGUCGUCGCCGGCGAGCUCGCCGCAGCGACCCUCCUCCAUACACCAUCAUUCCGACUCGGGCGAGGAGGUCGUCAAUCUCAGUCACAAAUCCUCGAGAAGCCCGACACCCUUCCAGCAGCACCAUCAGAUCCCCCCGUACCAAAGUCAUUACCAAGCGUCGAAUUGCUCUUCGGAGCCGCGCCGUUCCCCAUCCCCCGUCGACUACCAUCUCCAUCAGAAUAACAACAGCAGCAGCAGUAGUAGCCGACUGGCGCACAUCCUCGGACAGCCGUCGCACAAGCUCGCUCUGCCCUUCAUGCCCAUCGAGAGGAUCAUGCAGUACGGUCCGCACGACAUGUCCAACUUUACGCAGCACCUCAUCAACAGCCGCAUCUCCAGCAUCAGUCCCAACUCUGAUAAACGCUCCUGGUCGGACGCGGCGGCCGCAGUAUCAUCCUACGGUGACAUGGACUGCGACGAAGAUCUGCAGCAGUCGAAACGUGGAAAACUCGCCGCGAAGGGACUGGGAAGUCCGAUGCUCGGCAACCAGGAGGUCGAGAUCGAGGGACAGUUCACGUGCGACCAAUGCGAAAAGGCUUUCUCCAAGCAGAGUUCACUGGCCCGACACAAAUACGAGCACUCAGGUCAGCGUCCUCACAAGUGCGACGAGUGUCCGAAGGCCUUCAAACACAAGCACCACCUCACCGAGCACAAGCGUCUGCACACGGGCGAGAAACCUUUCCAGUGCUCCAAGUGCCUGAAGAAGUUCUCCCACUCUGGCUCCUACAGCCAGCACAUGAACCAUCGAUAUUCGUAUUGUAAACCAUACAGAGAGUAAGAAAAUUGCACACACACACACA